UUUUUUUCUUAUUUUAACUGUAUAAAUUUAAGAAAACUCAACAAUUUUUUUAUUUUUUGACUUUUUUUUUAUCCCAUAUAACUAGCAACUAUGCCUGUUCCUUCUAGUGAUUUUGAUAAAAAUACAUUUUAUGCAACCUUUGCUACAACAUCACGUUUAGUAGCUUGUUUGACAAGUGAAUCUCUUGUUCCCGUUUAUUUUGUUCCUAAUACAGUCGUAAAGACAGAAGAUAACUUAAUCGGUCUUUGUUUAUUGCUACAUCCUGUCAAAACAGAAAACGAAGUUCCUGCUAAGGUAACUCUAGAUUCUAUCUUGGCUGUUGUUCCUCUUCGUGGCAUUCCUAUUUUGAAUAAUAAAUAUUCUGCUAAUUGGAAUGGCAUCCGUUGCUCUCGUAUUGAUUUAGUGGAUAACCUUGAUAUGUUACCUCAUAUAUACUCCAUUAGUAUUACAAACGAUAUUUCAAACAAAUUAAGCAGUCAGCUUACAAAACAGAUACUGAGAACUGUCCUUUCUGAACAGACAGAAUUUAAUAUUGUUGAUGGUUAUGAUGCUGUUCAACUUUGGGAUCGCUUUGCUACCAUUUAUGGUGUCAAUAAUAAAUUAAAGGAACAAAUCGGUCAAGAAUUAGCUUCAUCCAUUUUAUUUCAAAAAUAUACCUAUGAUCACCCAAAAAGUCUACCUACUUUGAACUCAUCUACCGUUGCUUGGGAACAAUCAGUUGUAGAAGGUCAUGCUACACAUCCUAUGCAUAAAGCUCGUAAAAGUUUUCCUCCUAUGAAACCUUUAACACCUGGCUCUUACGAUUUAGAACACCCCAAGAUUCGUCUUGUCGGAGUUCGCCGAGAAAGCGCGACACUACGUGGAGAUUACGAAGAGUUAUCAAAGGAUCUCGUGGAUGCACUUAUUGAAGCAGCAAAUGAGGAUGUACAAACUGUGCGUAACAAAUAUGAUUCGGACUAUGUUUAUAUUGCCAUCCAUGAACUUCAACUCCCUAACGUUGAGCAAAGAUUUCCUGAUGCCUAUAUCUUCCCUGAGCCAUAUAGUAUCCCUGUUGAAGCCUUGGCUUCACUCCGAUCCGUUGCUCGACCCGAUAUUUUAAUCGGCCGAAGUGUCAAGCUCUGUUUAGGCAUUAAAAUUUCUUCUGCUUUACGUACAGUAACACCUUUUACGACCUACUUUGGUCCUGGAUUUUCUUCUCAUGUCGUACCCAAAUUAAACUAUGAUCCUAAUGUUCUUGCUGUGGAACGUGAAAUGGCGACGAUUUCUUAUCGUCAUGAAGAUCCAGAUGUUGCCAAGCAUUGUAGUAGCGUGAUUCGUGAAGCCUUUGAAUAUGAUCCAAAGUAUAAGGAUGAUUUAUUUGUCCCCUGUGGUGUCUUGGUUGAAAAAAUUCAAAAGCCUGAUACAAAUGAAACUCUUCUUACUCAUGUUUGGGAAUUAGAUUCUGAACAAAAGAGAAUUAAUUUCUUAGAGAGAUAUAUUGAUUUGGCUCUUCGAGCUUUCUUACCCCCAUGUCUUGAAAAUGGUGUAGCCUUUGAAGCUCAUGGUCAAAAUACAUUAGCUCGAUUUGACAGAAAGACAGGCCAACUUAAAGGCUUUGUCAUUCGUGAUUUUGGUGGUAUCAAGGUCCACAAUGAGACUCUUAAGAAGUCAACAGGCUGUGAGAUUGAUGUUUUACCUGAUAGCUGUGUUGAAGCUCAUACGAUUGAUGAAGUAUUUAAACUUUUAUAUCAUACAUUGUUCCAUUGUCAAUUCCAACGUUUAAUUCGUGUUUUGGGACUUCAUUAUAACGGCAUUGGCUGGGAGAUGGUUCGUAAACGUAUGUCUGAAUUAAUACCUAAAGACCAUAUUAUGUGGCCUAUGUUUAUGGAAUCUGAAAAGGUACCUGGUAAAUGUUUAGUUCGUAUGAAGAUUGAUGAACUUUACCGUGAUUAUAUUUACCGUCCUGUACCUAAUAUGAUUUUGUUCAAACCUCAAAAGGUUGAAGCUUAAAGAUGUUUAUUUUUCUUUCUUUCUUUUUUUUUUUUUUAUUACUAUUAUAUACUAC